AUGGACUCGACCGUCAAUCGCGCUGAGAACCAGUUAUCACUCGCCUACUGUUUUGAUGCAGUGGAAUCUAACGAACAAGCAGACGGAAAGGACGGAAAGGACGAAAAGAGCGGAAAGAACAAAAAGAAUAAGAAGAACAAAAAGAACAAAAAGAACGAAAAGAACAAAAAGAACGGAAGGAAACUCGUAGACACGGAAGAAGCUAUGGAACAAGGUGAUGCUCCGUGA